AUAUUAUUAUGUGUAUGUUCUUUUUGAAAUUGUAAGGCCCCAUUGUAGGUAGGGACACCAAAGACACACUGGCGGUACCUAGCUCGUGUUGAUGGAACUUACGGACCAAUGCCUCGCAAAACUCCAAAGGGAUUACUGGGAAUGCCAUUCAAUACCACGGGCGUAAAUGGUCUUUACUGUGUGGGUGAUAGCUGCUUCCCUGGACAAGGUGUUAUUGCAGUUGCUUUCUCUGGAGUCAUGUGUGCUCAUCGAGUUGCUGCAGAUAUUGGGUUGGAGAAGAAGUCAUCAGUUAUGGAUACCAUGCUGCUUAGGUUGCUUGGUUGGUUAAGAACACUUGCAUGAGGCAUAAUAUAGUUAACAUCUUAGAUUCUCAUAACUUCUGCAUCAGCUCAAUUUUCAUUAUAGGAUUGCUUCACUGAAGAACAAGACAAUA